CAAAUAUUUCGUUUCGGUUUUGAUAAAUGCAAAAUUGUUAGUACUGCCUGGAAGCUUAGUAAGAUGUUGCCGUUUCAUAAGCUGUUCUCGAAGACCUUGAGCUUGGGCAACAUGCGUUCCUUUUCUAAUGGCAUUCUGAUUCUUCGUGCGGCUCAAUUACCGGGCGCAAUGGCUUUGGCGAAACGAUCCUACACUCAGAAGGCAACCGAGACUGUGAGCAGGCGCAUCUCACCUAUGCAGUCCAUGCGUGAGUUCUUCUCACACCCCAUGACCUGGGAUCGGAAUAACGGCUACCUGAACGUUCUGCUCUGCUUGGCCAUUUUCGGAUUUUGCUUUUUCACCUCGUGCCCGCCGACCGAGCAGAAACGAUCCCUGGACAUACCCAGCAAGAAGUGAGGGAUCACCGGCGAACUGAAUUCCAUUCUUUUGGAGAAUCCCUUGCCAGUAUAAAUAAAAAGUCGAACAUCUGGAUUGACCCGAUUCGAACUCACCCUGAUUGCAGACGCACACAAGUCCGGUAUUAGUGGA